GAUGGCUGCGCGCUGGGUGCUUGGUGUGGGUAGUGUCUGGGCGCGCGGCCUCCUGAACUGGGCGCAGCCGGAGAGGUGGCUAGCAUCCAGUAGCCUUCUUCCUUUGUCAUACAUCCACACAAGUACAUAUCUGCAGAAAGCUGGGAAAUGGGAGAAGAAGAACAGGAUUGUUUACCCUCCACAGCUUCCUGGGGAACCUCGCAGACCAGCAGCAGUAUAUCACUGUCGGAGGGAUAUAAAAUACAGCCACGAAAAGAUGUGGUAUCUGGCAAAACUGAUCCAAGGAAUGUCCAUUGAUCAAGCUCUCGCUCAGAUGGAAUUUAGUGAUAAAAAGGGAGCAAAGGUGAUCAAAGAGGUUCUGUUAGAAGCACAGGAAAUGGCAGUAAGAAAUCACAACGUUGAAUUCAAAUCAAAUUUACAUAUAGCUGCAUCAAUCACAGGCAGAGGCCACUAUGUGAAGCGGAUCCGUUACCAUGGCAAAGGCAUGUUUGGCAUCAUGAAGAUCUCCAGGUGCCAUUACUUUGUGAAGUUGGUGGAAGGUCCUCCUCCUCCUCCAGAGCCACCAAAGACUGGUUUUGACCAAGCAAAAGAAUACGUGCAGCAUCUGCGAAACAGAACUCUCGUUCAUACGCUGUGACAAACUUUUGUGACUCUAUAGGUAUUUCUUGUUGACAAUGUAAAUACAUGAAUAAUUAAA